AUGAACAUCUCACCGAUUAUUCCUUUUCUUCUGUUCUUAUUUUUUGUCGAUAGGAGCAGUGCAAGAAGUGGAGGAAGGGGUGGUGGAGGUGCUAGAGGAGGCUCGCGGGGAGGUUCCAGAUCCAGAGGGGGUGGUAAAUUCCAUUCCAGUUCUAGUCACUCAUAUGUUCACUAUGACUCUUCUUCGUUUCGUUCGACUGUUUUCAAACCAUCCACUUCCAGUUCAUACUUUUCAACGGGCACCACUGGAAACACUUAUAUAAUCAAUCAACCAGCAACCCCGAUUAUUUACGAUAAUCAUUACUACUACUGGCACGGAUAUUAUCAUAGUCGCCCUGAAAAGAAAUCGGUCUGUGAGUAUACAAUCACGGCUGAAGAUGGUGAACUUUUUAAUGUAACGUUUUCAAAUGGAACAACACCAAAAUCGUUAACUUUUGGGUGUGGAAGUUUUGAAGAAUGUUGUGGAAUGUCUUGUUGUAGUACUGUUGGAACAUGGAUCGCAGUAACCAUUUGCUUGCUUUUCGUGAUAAUAGCAUUGGGCUAUGGAUGUUGGGUAGGUUGA